AUGUUUCCUUACAAGCACGCCGACAACAUGCCACUGAGAUCUCUCCACUUUCUAAAUAUCUCUCAAUCUUUUUCUUUCUCUCUCUCUCUCUCUCCCUCUCUCUCUUUCUUGCCGAACAAUUCGUUCCCUUAUAAACCCUCUCUUUUUACUUAUUACCUAUCAGUCUCUUUCUACUUCUCUUACGCUUUCCUUUUGUCAAACAUUUUUAUUCUCUUAUUCAUCCAUUCCCUAUUUCAAUUUAUCUCAUUCUCUUUCCUCUUUUGUCUUCACCUCUUCAUCUUUCUUUCUGAUUUUACUUUCCCCCGACAUAUUACUCUCUCUUUAAUAUUUCUUUCCCGCUCUUAUUUUUUCUCUCUUUCCUUUUCUCUCCGUCUCUUUCUUUUACUGUCUCUAUUUCUUUAUUUCUUUUUCUCUCAAUCACCUUCUCUAUGUCUCUUUAAUAUGUUUUUUUUCUGUCUCUCGUUUUCUCUGUUUUUGUCUCUUUUUCAUCGCCUAUCUGUUUCUUUUUAUUUCUCCAUCUCUUUCUCGGAAAUUUUCACCAUCUUCUCUGUUCCUUCCAUCUGCCGGUCUGUCUGUCUCUCUCUCUCUCUCUUUUCUUUCUUUUCCUUUCUCUCUUUUUCUCUCUUUACUUUUCUCUCAUGUCUUUCACUAACUUUCUUUAAUAUAUUUCUUCCUUUCUCUAGUUUUCUCUCCUUUUCUCUCUUUCUCAUUGCCUAUCUGUCUCUCUUUCUGUGUCUCUGUCGCUCUUCUCCGACAUUUUCAUCAUCAUCUGUGUCCAUUCUAUCUGUCUGUGUCUCUCUUUCCCUCUUUCCUUUUCUCUUUCUCUCUUUCUCUUUCUCUCCUCCCCCUCUCUCUAUGUGUCUCUUUCCUUUUCUUUCGGCCUCUCUCUUUUACUAUCGUUUUGAUCAUCUUCCAUGUCCCUUCUAUCUGCUUGACUAUCUGUCUGUCUUUUACCCUUCGCCACUGCCUGUCUCUUCCCCCUUCCCCCUCUCUCUCUUUCUCUCACUCUCUCUCUUUCUCUCUCUCUUUUACGUUGUCCCAUUGCAUGUCUAA